AAAGAAAGAAAUGAAUAGAGGUGAAUAAGAAGGUUGAAAGCAGAGAGAUAGAAAGGGAAAGAAUUGAAGGAGGAGUAGAGUGAAACUGGGACCAUAUUGCCGUGAGGAGGACCAACAUAGAAUAGUAUAGCCAAUGGGGUUGGCUCCCACCAUGUCCUUGCACAAAUACACAAACCCCAAAACACCCGUGGUCUGCCCUUUAAUUUGCCUCCUACCCCACAAUCCUUCCACAUCACCCUCUUUCCACCAUCUCCAUAAAUACCCCCUCAUCACCCUUCUUAUUUCUCAUCAUCUUCUUCACUCCAUCUUCUCUUCUCAUUCAUCACAUCUCAACCACUCAACAACAUGGCCAUUAGAAAAUCAAACAAGCUUCCACAACAUGCAGUCUUGAAGCAGAUCCUUAAGAGGUGUUCAAGCCUAGGAAAGAAAAACGGGUACGAUGAUGAUGGCCACCCCGGUGAUGUCCCAAAAGGCCACUUCGCUGUUUAUGUGGGUGAAAACAGAACUAGGUACAUUGUGCCAAUCUCAUUCCUAGCUCACCCCGAGUUCCAAUCCCUCCUUCGACAAGCCGAAGAAGAGUUUGGCUUCGAUCACGAGAUGGGUCUCACUAUUCCUUGCGAAGAAGUUGUCUUCAGGUCUCUAACAUCCUCGUUGAGAUGAAACAGACAAGGGACGAGGUUUAUUUUACACCAUGGUUCUGACUGAAGAGGAUGGCCAAGAUGAAGCACCACUUUUUGCUUCUUUUUUCUCCCUUCGUCAUUGCCGUUUUCAUUGGCCUCCCAUUCACAUUCUUCUUCAUUUGCUAUUUCUAAAUCCAUCUCAUUCUUUUCUUGUCUUUUUUUGUGGGUUUGUCGAAACAACCUGUUAUGAAGUCAACUGCGACUCUAACUUUGUUUCCAUGAAGAUUUCAUGGGUAGAAAACUGUACAAAUGUUUGAAGUUUUCCUCGCAGAGGUUUCUAUAUAAAAUACCCUGUGAGAGAUGUUUUAUGUCAAUGAAACCACUUCAUGUAUGUUCUAUA